GAAAGGGGAACGGUGAGAAAGCAGAAGUGAUUUCAGCGUCCUAGCAAGUUGUGCAGUCUAAUCGAGGGGGAAGAGAAAGUAGGUGAGUGUGAGCCACUGGCCCUGGGGAGCGGCGAAUUCAUCCGACUGGGGGAUUAGCUGAAGCAGAGUGGAAACAAAGCAGGACCUUAUAGUUGGAGUCUCUUCUUCACGGUCAGAGCAGCUGGGAGCUCAGAUUGACUGCCGGCAGCGGCAGGGUACCUGGGCCUUUGCUACUUCCCUUGAACGCCUUCUGAAUUGUCAAGAGGGAGCAGUUUGGACAUUAACACAGCUGCUAGCAGACACAUACCUUCACACGCAAUUUCCACAAUUUCCACACUGCAGCUAUGGGGACAGUGAGUGAACUUUGCGUGUCGAGCCUUCAGACAUUCUUGUGUCCAGCUGUGAAGCCAAUCCAGCAAGCGCCAGUGCCGGACGACCUCACACCAGAGGAGAAGCAGGAGCUGGAGAAUAUCCGCCGACGCAAGCAGGAGCUGCUCGAUGACAUUCAGCGGCUGAAGGAUGAGAUAGCAGAAGUGACAAGUGAGAUUGAGAACCUGGGUUCCACUGAGGAGAGGAAAAAUAUGCAGAGGAAUAAGCAGGUGGCCAUGGGUCGUAAGAAAUUUAACAUGGACCCCAAAAAGGGGAUCCAGUUCCUGAUUGAGAAUGACUUGCUGAAGAACACCAGCAGUGACAUUGCUCAGUUUCUCUACAAGGGUGAGGGCCUCAACAAAACAGCCAUUGGAGAUUACCUCGGAGAAAGAGAUGAUUUCAAUAUCCAAGUCCUCCAUGCAUUUGUGGAGCUUCAUGAGUUCACAGACCUCAAUCUGGUUCAGGCCCUAAGACAGUUCCUGUGGAGUUUUCGGUUACCAGGAGAAGCUCAGAAGAUCGAUCGCAUGAUGGAGGCCUUUGCACAGCGCUACUGCCAAUGCAACCCUGGCGUUUUCCAGUCCACAGACACUUGUUACAUCCUGUCAUUUGCCAUCAUCAUGUUAAACACCAGCCUCCAUAACCCGAAUGUGAAGGACAAGCCUUCUGUGGAACGAUUCAUCUCCAUGAACAGAGGCAUCAACGAUGGAGGAGACUUACCUGAAGACCUGCUCAGAAAUCUGUAUGACAGCAUCAAAAACGAGCCGUUCAAAAUCCCAGAGGACGAUGGCAACGAUCUCACACACACUUUCUUCAAUCCAGACAGAGAGGGCUGGCUAUUAAAACUGGGGGGACGAGUCAAAACCUGGAAGAGGAGGUGGUUCAUCCUCACAGACAACUGUCUGUACUACUUUGAGUACACCACAGACAAAGAGCCCAGAGGAAUCAUCCCACUAGAGAACCUGAGCAUUAAGGAGGUGGAAGAUAAGAAGCCUAACUGCUUUGAGCUUUUCAUUCCCGACAACAAGGACCAGGUAAUAAAAGCAUGCAAAACCGAGGCUGACGGACGUGUUGUCGAGGGCAACCACACCUUCUACCGUAUCUCUGCCCCCACUGCUGAGGAAAAAGAGGAAUGGAUGAACAGCAUCAAAGCUGCCAUCAGCAGGGACCCUUUUUAUGAGAUGCUGGCAGCCAGGAAAAAGAAGGUAUCAUCGAUGAAGAGGCACUAGAGCUGCUUAGCCUUCCCAACUUUGCACUUAACAGAGCAGAGGGUUCAAUUGUCUGCCAUGUCUGGGUCGGUGCACACGCCUAAGGUCUGCCUCAAACCUCUCCAGGGGAUUUCUCUAGGAUACAUACAGAACGAGGUCUGGCGCUGGGACUCUAUUGGCCAGAAAAACAGGAAAUACGCUGGGGUUUCAAGAUAAAGGUCACAGCCAAAACCUCCUCUAACCUCGUGUCUGAAUGUGUCUCUCUUUCUAUCUCAGCUUUGUGUGCGUUCUCUGUCUGUGAAGCCAAAGGGGAAUCUCACUUAUGCAAAAUUUCCUUCAAAAAUGCUUUACAAAACCCAGUUCCCAUAUACGUUGCAAAUAUAUUACAAAAUAUACAUAAACUCUUGCAGUCCCCUGUAGCCACAUCAUUUUAACUUAACGGUGUGGCACCCCAACCAAAAUAAUUCUCACUUUAUGAAAGAAAAGUUAAGAUCUUUUCUGCUCUGAUACGUUGUGUAAUACAUGUCUAUUUUUACAGCUACUGUCGAGUCCUCUCAGAUCAUUUUUGUUAGUUUUCUUUGGUAAAAUGAAAUGGCCUUGCAGCAUCCUGCAGGUGGUCAGAUAUUGGAGGGAGGUUGGGUAUAACCUGCCAACUAUUAGUGACUUUACUUAAAAAAACAAAGAAAAAGGAAAAAAACUUUCCUGUUUAAAACGGUUACACUCAGGAGAUUGUUACAGUGUUCUGAAACUUUCCAUGUCAGCGUUGACGUGGAUCUGGUUCACAACAUAACAGCCAUCCAAGGAAUGAAAGCCUCAUCUGUGUCCCAGACUGGACUGCUUUUGUGAAGCAGGGAGACGUAGCGCUGCAGGCGAGGGUGUCUGCUUGUCUGGACAGGUCUCAGUGUUGGAUCUGGCUCUCGCUGUUCAAUUCCUGAAGGUCCUUGAGAUGCAUCCUGGGGAUUAGUGUCUUUUAAAGGGACAAGUGUCUACGACACUGGGCCUCUUUUUGAGGUCUUAGUAUGUCUGGAAAACAGAAUGUGGCCCUUUUUUGUUUUCUCCCCUCAGACCUGUUUUUUAUGCUUUCAGUUUGUCUCAAACACAAGACCAUUUCCUAUUACUACAAAAAGCAAUUCAUGUGUUAGAAAAGUUACUUUUCUGCUGCACCUGGUGCUGUAGAUGAAAUAUGAUGAGAAAUGCUGCUGGUUAGCAACAGUAAUCCACAGAUUCCCCCACACAGACUUUAAUGUUUGUUUCCUAACUUUUAAUAUGGCUUUUCUUUGGUUACCUAUUGAAUGGUAAAAUAAUUAUAUCCUUCCAGCCCAACCUCACUGAUCAUUGUAUAUUUCUUUUUGCUUCAGGCCGUUUAUGUAUAAGAAAAUAUAUUGGAUACUGUUGUAGAGGCUUUAAUGCAGCACAGAUAUAUGUGUGGUUAUUUGAAGCUAUGCCUGGAAAGAAAUUGUCAUCCAUCUCAGGAAGUGCAAUGUGAAACCAUACAAAACUACUUUUUGUAUCAGGAACAUACUGUGGUGAACCAAAAGAUGGAGGGCAAGAUGGCUAUUGGUCAUGCUGCAGCAGUGAUACAUCACCAUGUCAAACAGCAAAAAGUACAUUGAGGUACAAUUUAGCAAAUAUAGUCUGAGUUGUGCUUUAAGCAGUUGUCUUUUCUCCUUGUGCCUGCUGGUCAUUGUGCCUGCUCCCUGCCUGUUCUGUUUGUCUGUUUUCUUCUUCUUCACUCCUCUCAGCGCACUAAUCCCAGAGAAAUAAGGAAAGAUGCAAAACAAUCAUAUUUCUAGACAGUAUUGGUUUAUUUAUCAAAGUUGUACAUAUUUAAAUGUAUAGUGGGUGUUUUGUUUUCAUUUUGUUUAUUAGUUGUGCCAUUUUAUUAAGUUACUCUGUUCAGUAAUGUUUGAUUUGGCGUUCCUCUCAAUGCCAU